GCGGGGGCGGAGCCUGUGGCGGAGCCGCCUGCCUGGUUAGGACCUCGGAGAGCGCCCGGCGUCGAGACCAUAGACACUGGCGGAGCUGCCCUAGGCGGGCGCACCCACGCCUGGAAGCCCGCCGUUCUCCGCAGCCUUCUCUUCCCGGAUUGGCAGGCGCUAGCGGCGUCUGAGGAAGGUGCCUAAGUCCGGGUCCUUAGACGUUCGUCCGGGACGCCGCGCUCGCCGUCCAGCCGCGCUUCCCCCACACCUGCUUGCACGCGUGUGGGCGCCCGCGCAGGUCCUUAAAAUGAAGAAGUUUAAUUUCCGAAAAGUUUUGGAUGGCUUGACUGCCUCCUCACCUGGCAGUGGCAGCAGCAGUGGCAGUAAUAGCGGUGGGACUGGUAGUGGUCCCUUGCAUCCAGGAGGGACGGCUGGAGUUCUGAGAGAGGAAAUUCAGGAAACCUUGACUUCAGAAUAUUUCCAGAUUUGUAAGACAGUUCGGCAUGGUUUUCCUUACCAGCCCACAGCUUUAGCCUUUGAUCCAGUUCAGAAAAUCUUGGCUAUUGGGACAAGAACAGGUGCUAUACGAAUACUUGGGAGACCUGGUGUUGAUUGUUACUGCCAACAUGAAAGUGGUGCAGCAGUCUUGCAGCUCCAAUUCUUGGUUAAUGAGGGUGCUUUGGUCAGUGCAGGUUCAGAUGAUACACUUCAUUUGUGGAACCUUAGACAAAAGAGGCCAGCUAUCCUUCAUUCUCUUAAAUUUAACCGGGAACGAAUUACUUACUGUCAUCUACCUUUCCAGAGUAAAUGGCUCUAUGUUGGAACAGAAAGAGGAAAUACACAUAUUGUAAAUAUUGAAUCUUUCAUUCUUUCCGGAUAUGUUAUCAUGUGGAACAAAGCAAUAGAACUGUCCACCAAAACUCAUCCAGGUCCAGUUGUACAUUUAAGUGAUAGUCCAAGAGAUGAAGGGAAACUGCUAAUAGGUUAUGAAAAUGGUACUGUAGUAUUCUGGGACUUGAAGUCUAAAAGAGCAGAACUGAGAGUUUAUUAUGAUGAGGCUAUUCAUUCAAUUGAUUGGCAUCAUGAGGGCAAACAGUUCAUGUGUAGUCAUUCAGAUGGCAGCUUGACUUUAUGGAACCUGAAAAGCCCAACUCGCCCUUUCCAGACCACAAUUCCACAUGGAAAAAGUCAAAGAGAAGGAAGAAAAUCUGAAUCUUGUAAACCCAUUCUUAAAGUAGAAUACAAGACCUGCAGAAACAGUGAACCAUUCAUAAUAUUUUCUGGUGGACUCUCCUAUGACAAAGCUUGCAGAAGACCAAGUUUAACCAUUAUGCAUGGAAAAGCAAUUACAGUACUUGAAAUGGAUCAUCCUAUUGUUGAAUUUUUAACUUUAUGUGAAACACCCUAUCCAAAUGAAUUCCAAGAGCCCUAUGCCGUUGUGGUACUUCUGGAGAAAGAUCUCAUUGUAGUUGACCUGACACAGAGCAAUUUUCCAAUCUUUGAAAAUCCAUAUCCCAUGGACAUUCAUGAGUCACCAGUUACAUGCACAGCAUAUUUUGCCGACUGCCCUCCAGAUUUGAUUCUAGUACUCUAUUCUAUAGGAGUCAAGCAUAAAAAACAAGGAUACAGUAAUAAGGUGUGGCCAAUCAGUGGAGGAGCUUGGAACCUUGGCGCACAAACAUAUCCAGAAAUUAUUAUUACUGGUCAUGCAGAUGGAUCAAUAAAAUUUUGGGAUGCUUCUGCAAUAACUCUGCAGAUGCUGUACAAGCUAAAAACUUCAAAAGUCUUUGAAAAACAGAAGGUGGGAGAAGGCAAACAGUCAUGUGAAAUUGUUGAGGAAGAUCCAUUUGCUGUUCAGAUGAUUUAUUGGUGUCCAGAGAGUAGAAUAUUUUGUGUAUCAGGAGUUUCUGCAUAUGUCAUUAUUUAUAAAUUCAGCAGAUAUGAAAUUACAACAGAAAUAGUGUCAUUAGAGGUACGACUUCAAUAUGAUGUUGAAGAUAUUAUUACCCCUGAACCAGAAACAAGUCCUCCGUUUCCAGAUCUCUCAUCCCAGCUUCCUUCUUCAAGGAGUCUUUCCGGGAGCACUAAUACUGUGGCUAGUGAAGGAGUAACAAAGGACAGUAUCCCAUGCCUGAAUGUUAAGACACGACCUGUGAGAAUGCCUCCAGGAUAUCAAGCAGAACUUGUUAUUCAGUUGGUGUGGGUAGAUGGGGAACCUCCUCAACAGAUUACCAGUCUUGCCGUAAGCUCAGCAUAUGGAAUCGUUGCAUUUGGAAACUGCAAUGGUUUGGCUGUGGUGGAUUUUAUACAGAAGACAGUACUGUUAAGCAUGGGAACAAUUGACCUAUAUAGAUCAAAUGACUUGUACCAGAGACAGCCACGGUCUCCUAGAAAGAACAAGCAGUUCAUUGGAGACAACUUUUGCAUGCGUGGCCUGUCUAACUUUUAUCCUGAUUUAACGAAACGGAUCCGUACUUCCUAUCAGAGUUUGACUGAGCUGAAUGACAGUCCAGUUCCUCUGGAACUUGAACGCUGUAAAUCUCCCACCUCAGUUAAAGGAUCAAGAAAGUUAAGUCUGCCAACAGAUCUUAAGGCUGAUCUUGACCAUGUAAAUGGACACUGCACAAGUCCAACUUCUCAAAGUUGCAGUUCUGGAAAACGUCUUUCUAGUGCUGAUGUUUCAAAAGUAAAUCGCUGGGCUCCUGGAAGACCACCAUUUCGAAAGGCACAGUCAGCUGCUUGCAUGGAGAUUUCUUUACCAGUUACAGCAGAAGAAAACCGAGAAAAUUCCUACAAUCGUUCUAGAAGCUCUAGUAUCUCCAGUAUUGACAAAGAUUCAAAAGAAGCAAUUACAGCAUUAUAUUUUAUGGAGUCCUUUGCACGGAAAAAUGACUCUACCAUCUCCCCUUGUCUGUUUGUUGGAACUAGUCUGGGAAUGGUGUUGAUCAUUUCCCUAAAUGUACCAUUAUCAGAUGAACAGAGAUUUACAGAACCAGUCAUAGUAUUGCCAAGUGGUACAUUCCUGUCAUUAAAAGGAGCUGUGCUAACAUUUUCCUGUAUGGACCGCACUGGUGGAUUAAUGCAACCACCUUAUGAAGUUUGGAGGGAUCCAAACAGUGUUGAUGAAAAUGAAAAAACUUGGAAAAGGAAAUUGGUCAUGAAUUACUCAUCUUCAUCCCAAGACAUAGGAGAUCAUCAGUAUAUAAUAAUCUGCUCAGAAAAACAAGCCAAAGUCUUUUCACUGCCUUCUCAGACUUGCCUUUAUGUUCAUAACAUCACUGAAACAUCUUUUAUACUGCAAGCUGAUGUGGUGGUCAUGUGUAACAGCGCCUGCUUGACCUGCUUUUGUGCUAAUGGGCAUAUCAUGAUAAUGAGCUUACCUAGUCUUCGCCCAAUGUUGGAUGUUAAUUAUUUGCCACUGACAGACAUGAGGAUAGCACGCACAUUUUGUUUUACCAAUGAAGGACAGGCAUUAUACUUGGUCUCUCCUACCGAAAUUCAGAGGUUGACAUACAGCCAAGAAAUGUGUGAUAAUUUACAGGACAUGCUGGGAGAUUUGUUCACUCCCAUAGAGACACCAGAGGCUCAAAAUAGAGGAUUUCUGAAGGGACUAUUUGGUGGAAGUGGACAAACAUUUGAUAGAGAAGAGCUCUUUGGGGAAGCCACUGCAGGAAAAGCAUCCCGUAGCCUUGCGCAACACAUCCCUGGACCAGGCAGUAUAGAAGGAAUGAAAGGUGCGGCUGGAGGGGUGAUGGGGGAGUUGACCAGAGCCCGGAUUGCAUUAGAUGAGAGAGGACAGAGACUGGGAGAAUUGGAAGAGAAGACUGCAGGCAUGAUGACCAGCGCAGAAGCGUUUUCCAAACACGCUCAUGAGUUAAUGCUGAAAUAUAAGGAUAAGAAAUGGUACCAAUUCUAAACUUCUAAGGACGCUGUGACUACUUUGAGAAACCAUUAUUCAGGGAAACCAAAUUUAUUCCCAGCAGCUCUAUUCAACUGCUAGAAGCCAGUUUCUUCUACAAAAUGUUCCACUACGUCCAUCUGAAGUUAUUGGAAAGGAGAUUUAUCAAAGACACUACAACCCAAAGGCUGGAACCCUGGUUAAAAUCCCAAGAUAAUGGUUGAAUAUGCCUUUUCCCAUGUGGAAUGGAGCUAUCACCUUGGCAUGUGAUUUGCUAAAGAUUUACACUUAGAAACUAUGGGGAAUCUUCUUUCGAUUUGAAAUUCCUGUACAAACAAAAAGCAUUAAUGCACUUAAUGAAAAAAUUUGCAUGAUAAAUUAACAUCUUAAAAGGAAAAGGAAAAAAAAGCAUGUUAUGACAGAAGAAAAAGAUUUAUGAUAAAUUAUUUUUAUAAAUUGGGCCAUACCCAACAACUUAAAAAAUCUGCAUUAGAGGGUAUCAGUGCAUUUCAAAUAUAUUUGCCAUACCCCACUGAAAAACAAAGCAAACAAAACAAAAACCCAGAAUUUUCUUCUCAUCUGUAACCUUCAUCAUGCUUAGAACACGGAAUUCUUACAAGAGUCUGGUCAAUGUUCUUCUCUCUGUGUUGGAUUUUACACCAUUCCCAGUUCUCAUUCAAGAAUUGCCAGUACUAUAAAUUAUUCCCAACACAAUUAUUGCCAUUGCUGUCACCUUCAGAAUGGGUUGCUAUUUUUAGUCAUUAACCAUGCAAGGUUGGGUCCCCUAAAAGCAUUUUUUUCAGCCUGGUUUGUAUUCUGCAAGGGAGUUGGCUAUAGGUUUGAGAAACUAGACUAUUAGAACAAGGCAGAUAGCUUUAAGAACUGAUUUCAGGCUUCCAAAUUUCAGUUUCUAAUACGUAAUAUUUUAAAUUUUCCAUCUAUAUCCAUGCCUGUCAGCUACACAGUAUAUUACUAUUCAAACCCAGUAGGGUCUGUAGCCCCAAGGUGCUUUCACAGCCUGACAUUCACAGACUGUGAAUGUCACAGCCUGGUCAUUCUCUUUAACAUAAUUCAGUAAAACCUCAGUUAAUGUAUUGGGAAAUGGAUUCUGAUUUAUUACAUUUAUGAUUAUGGAUUUUAUUAAAAAUUAUUUUUUGGUUCAGAACUUAAUAAUGGAAAGAUUUAUAAAAUGUGGUGUUUUGCUAUCUUGGCCUCAGUCCUCAUUAUGAACAACAGAAAUACAUAUUUUAAUGAUAUAAAAAAUCAAUAAUUUUGUCAUUAAUCAAGUCAACUAAUAUAAGCUACAAAAUUACAGCAAUAACUACCAAAUACAUGUUCCCUACUUAAAAUUCUCAAUAACAAAGCAUCCCCAGCAAGAUAAAAGUGGCCAUCAUAAAAGAAGAGUACUAGAGACUGACAGAUGAGGACAACUAGCACUAUUUAACUUGAUUCUGGAAGUCAAAAUUUAGAGGAAACAUCUGGGUAUUCUAGGACCCAUCUUACAAUAUGCUGCUCCUUCAAAAAGAAUCUUAAUGGUAUGGGUUUGACUUAUUGAAUUUUGAUUAAUCAAGGUCAUACUGGAUUUACAGCUGUGUUUCUUAAUAAUUCACCAUUUUCCUGGAGUCUUCAGUUAUUUUCAUAGCCAAAUUUUUUUUUGUUUUGUUUCGUUCCUUUAAAAUGUUUUCAGUAAUUCCGAAAACAGAAAAGAUGAUUGAAAGAGUCCAAAAAUGUAUACUGGGAUAACAUUUUGCAGAGUCCUUAAAUAUGUCUGGCUUCUUUUUUAAAAACACUCUAUGAAUCUCUCAGACUCUCAUAGGAGGUGACAGAAUCUGGCUAGAAAUACAGACAUGAUAUAUAAAAUUUACAGUGAAAAUACUACAGAAAGUUGAAGCUAGAUCUAGAAGAGACUGACAACCAAAUUGUAAUGUACUUUUUCUACCAUCAGUCUCAAGGACCCGGUUUUCUGAUUUUUCUGAACAAAACACAGUAUCAUUUCUAAAUUUUAAAAAUGACCAAGAAGAGUGAAAAGUUGGUUUAUUUUAUAAAUAAUGAAAUUCAACCUAAUGUAGUAGUAAAUUCAAUAAAUACACUAGAGCCCAGUAAGAUUUAACUUGUUCUGGGCUGAAAGAGUAGCUAGUGAUAGAGCAUUUCCAAGCCAUGCACAAGGCCCUGAGUUCUACCUGCAGCACUGCCAAAAAUAGGGAUUUAACUUGUUUUAUAUCAGGAUUUCGUGAUAGCAGCACUAUUAGCACAAAACUUUCUGUCAUAGGAGAUUGUCCUGUGUAUUAUAGGAUGUUAGUAUAACAUGCUUGGCCUCUACCCACUAGUUGCUAAUAGAAACCCCUAACAAUGGCAAUCAAAAAUGUCUCCCACCAUUCCAAAUAGCUCCCAGUUGAGAGUCACUAUUCAUCUUUCAAAGAAACAGACUUGAAAUAUAUAAUACAUGUCCUGAGUAAAGCUGCACAUAAGUGCAUAUUGUCAGCAAGAUAAAGUUUUGGACCCCAAAUUACAUGUGUGGUUCAUAUGCAAUAAAAGACAAUUUUGGAGAAAAUAUUUAUGAGCCAGUGAGGAAACAAUAUUAUUGAACAAUUUAAAGUACACAGAGAAAAUAUCAAAAAGGGUAUUAUGGCCUUUUACGAGGAAAGUGUUUAAAUCUCUUGCUUCAAUAAAUAGACCAAAAGCUUAUUGUUAACACAUCAUCUGGAAGCAGAUAAGUGCUUCUUAAAUGUCUGAAAAGAUCAGGUUCCACUAAGUGAUUUAAAUGUGCUUACAAAAUUGUUUUUAGAAGCCCUUUCUUAAUGUAAGGGUAAUUUCCUCCCACAAACUUCUGAUAAGUGGAAUCCAAAUUAAUGAGGUUUUGCUGUAUCAAAAUUAUUUUUGUAAUUCAAAAAGAUAGCAAUAAGAAGAAUCUAAUGUGAUUUUUCUCUUAACUUUUCCAUUCUAUUGCACUAACAUUGGCGCACACACACAUUAACCACCAUCCAUUUUUUAUUGCAUCAUCUUGGAAAACAAAUACUAUUGAUCUGUGUAAUCCUUUGCAUUGUCUCAUAUUUUCUCUGUCCUGGAACAUACAAAAAAAUCUCCUAGUAAAUUUAACACUGAUGCAGGUGAUGACCCUGAGCCUUGGAUGUCAUAGAAACUAUAUCUACUAAGGUGGAUUUAGAAGAAAGGCUUGCAAACUACAGUCUUGACAAGUUGACUUUACUUCCUUAUUACACCUUUCAUAGAUAAGCCCUUUUUACUGUUCCAGCAGAAAAUAAUCUUUCUAUUCAUCAAUAAUAAUCUAUUUAUUUACUUAUUCUAAAAAGUAAAGUGAGCAAUAUUAUUGUUUGUUCUAAUGAUAAUGUAAGUAAUGUGAAAUCUUCCAUUUAUCUUGGGAUUUUGAGAAUGAUUGAGCUACCAUUUGUGUUAAUCCCCUACAAAAGCAAUACUGCUGACUUUGCUUCUUAUACUUCAUUAAGUCUAUGGCCAUACCAACCUGAAGGUGCCUGAUCUCAUCUGAUCUCUGAAUAAGCAGAGUUGGGCCUAGUUAGUACUUGGAUGGGAGUUCUGUACUUCAUUAAGGCCCAGAGAAAGUGUCUCCAUCACAAACAGGGUCGUUGUCUGGCAUGGUUUUAGUAGGACAGUGACAGAAAUGAGUGAGAUGUAUUCCAGCAUUUAAGUCAUAGAGAUAACUUUUCAAAUCUUUUGGAAUUUACUCUUUGCAAAUCAAAAUCUACACCUUAUCUCUCAAAUUUUUAAGGAAAUUUUAAGGGAAAAGCUCCCAGUUUAUAUGUCUCCAUAUGCAGUUUUAAAGAUACUGUCUAUCAUUAUCUACAUGACUUUGAGAGAAAAAAGGAGUAAGAUUAGGCCUAAGAUUAGCUGGAGAAGAUUCAGAAGGUACUUUCUGAGGUUCAUGGCUGUAAAAUAUUUGGACAGAUGAGGAAAUUAAACAGGUCAGGAAAAGUAAACAAAAAAUCCUCUCCUUGCUUUAGGAUUGUUGGAACAAGCCAGGAAUAUAUCUGUAGGAUCACAGCCGGCCCACAUGUAGAAAAUAGACAACAUUGUUCAGACAAGACCAUGCCAAAGGAAGUUAGCACAGCACCUCAAGUCUUUCUGUCUGCAUUAGGGGAGAUGGGGUAACCUUUACAGUUUCUUCACCACCCAACCUCAUUUUUGGCUGGGUGCUAUGUGCUCCAAGUGCUGGAAAUAUUUGUCAUGAACUUAAUGAGCAUUAACUCUAAUAUGCUCCAUUCCAGGGAACACGGCUGUCAGCAUAACAUGUUUUGUGUUAUGUGUGUAGAAAUUUCUUCCUAAACAGAAGAAAUGCAGAUGAUGCCUGACUUGGGAAAGCUGAAGCAGUGCCAGUGUGCAAGAAACUUUGAUUUGGAGGAUAGAUAGAUACCUGUAAUGAUGUAUUUAUCUAGAGGAGUGAUUCUUAACCGUGGCUGUAUGUAACAGUCACUGGAGAUUUUAAAAUUCACAAUUAUAUCACAAUUCCUUGGAGUGUGAACCAGACUCUAGUCUUUUUAAAAGCAUCCAAAGUGGUUCCAGUAUCUAGCCAAAGUGUCUGCCAACUAAGUCAGACCUAUUUGUGCACCUUAGCUGGUGUGCUGGACUCAGAGAAGGCAACAUGUAAUGAUACAAUGUUGCCUGCAUUUGUGUUUAUUCUGUGCCUCUCACAGAACAAAAACCUGAGUGAAUUUCUCACCAGUGAGCUCCCCAUUAACUCCUAGAAACUCUGAUGUUCCCCUGUGUGAAUUGGCCAUGAAUUAUUUGAACUGGAUCCAACUUACAAAUUUUUUAUUAUCUUUUGUAUGUGAUAUCACAAGAUACCAGAAAUACAUCUCACAGUAGAAAGCUAAUUGGAAAACUAAUUCUUAAAGUUUGGGCAGUGGGGACUUUCAAAAUAAUCAUUUACCAAAUUAGGUCCAAAUUUAGCAAUCAUUCUUAUUUUAGAGGGAACAUAGGUGCCAGGAACCUGUUCUACUAUAGAUUUAUUUUAUUAGACUAGGUAUUAACAAAAAGAACUUUUCCUUUUUUAUUGUUUUAAUCUUAUUGUUGUUUUAAUCACAAGCUCCCAAAGCCACUUAAGUUGAUUUCUUCCUUAUUAGAUAGGUAUCUAAAGAGAAAAAUGCCUAGAAUUUACUGUCCGACCUCCAAUUCCCUGAAAGAGUGUGUAUCACUUUGAGCCGGCCCAUCAAAGAUAGCAAUGCACAGUGACAAAAAUUCAGAGUAAUCUCUUGUCCUACUGCUUUCCCUCUGGUUUUGGCCCACCCUUUUCAAAUGCAAAGCCAGAAAAUAAGGUGGUGGUUUCGUACAAUUGUACACAGGAUCAAAAUCCCUAAUAACCUAUAAUUUUUAGUACUUAAUUAUGUGAUGUUUUAUUCUAGGAAAUAUGAAACAGAUGACACCAUUGAUGUAUCUUUCUUUCAUCUUCAGAAUUUUUGCAUCUUUUCAGAAAAUGACAAAUUACUAUUUUUCUGUUGCACUCAGCAAUUGUGACUAUACUUAAAAUUCUUGUAGUCUGUAGCGAUAUCAAUAAAAUUGUAUAUGUUUGUACAUAGAUGCUCUCUUAUGUCAUGAUGUGAUACAUUACUAAAGAUUUUGCCAUAAUUAAGGAUAGGUAGAGAUGAAACCUUUCUUUGUAAAGUUUUGCGAUGUAUAAAUGUUUUUAAAAGGAGGGAUAAGGUGGUAUAGCAUAUUCAUGCUAAAAACAAGAAACCAACAGCAACAACAACAAAAACUAAACUGAAGUUCCUAAAAUUUACUGAUUUUACUAGGGUUUAUUAAUGCAAAGAGCUAGAAAUAGCCAUUCAGUUUUUCUGUUAAAUUGAAGAGAUGUGUAAUGUUUUAUUGAAACACUUUAAAUACAGUUUUGGAAGGUGUUGGUUGAAUUCUACCUUUGGUAAUAGCCCAGCAUAAGAAGCUGAGAAUUAUUUAAAUUCCAACUUAAAAAGAAUUUAAACACAACAUACAGAGCUGAUCUUUGCUGCCUCAUUUCUUUUUCAUGCAAGAAGUCAAACUCAUAUUGUCUUGUGCUACUGCCUAUUGGUCAUGAAGAGACCCAACAGUCCAGUGUAUCCUCCUUCAGUUUUCAUCACUGUAGUUAAUUCUUUUUCCAGCACCUUCUAUUUACAUUGUAGCCUUAACCAACUUAACUUAUUCUUCCAAAUGCUGAAUAUCUCAGGAAAUUUUGCCCACAAUCAUAAUUUUCUCCUAGUCUUUCUUCCAUAUAAAACUUGAAAAAGAAAUAAUACUAGGCUACAAUUUUUUAAAUAGCAUCAAUAUAAAAAUAGAUACUUUAAAUAUACAGGUACCAGUGUUUCUUUCAGAAUUAAAAGGAUAACUUCAUCUUAUCCUUCAAUUAUGAUUUCUCAAGCUUCACAAACCUACCUUCAAUAUUUAAAAUACUGAUUUGACUUUCUCCUUUCCUCCCUCUCACUUCCUUUCUCCUCCAACUUCUCUCUUUCCCUUCCUUCUCCCCUUCCAUCUUUCUUUAUUCCAUGCCUCCCCAUUCUCCUGCAUCUCUGUUCUAGCUUCCUUCUUUUCCAUCCAUUUGUUCAGUUAAAAAAUCAACCACAGAAGUAAUUUGAGUGUGUUUUUGUUCAACUUGUGGGUAAAAACUUAGACGGGUCCUUUACAAUUCAGAACUCAUUGUUUAGUGUGGGUUUUACGUAUAUUGAAGAAACAUUAUCAUACGUAAGAAAGUUUACUGUGAUGGCCUGAGGGAUUGUUUAUAGUCAUUAAGGUUGAUUCUAAGACUGAAGAGUUAAAAAGCAUAGCUCAUGAAGGAAAUCUCAGCUAUUUUCAUUCAGCGUUCCAUGCUGUGGUACAUGAAGAUGGAUUUUAUUUAGGUGUCUAUCUUGGGAACCUGAGGCCUGCAGUUGAAGACAGCUUACUGUGAGUGAUUGGAUCAUGUUUUUUUAAACUACAUUUUCGGAUCAACCCUCUACAGGUUUUAUUUUCAAAAAAGACUUUUGUGAUUUGAAAAGAAGUCAACCACACCUGAUGAGGUUGGUUAUGGGAACUCCAUGCGAUGACUAAUCGGCAUCAUGGCAGGGUGAGGGACAGCACCCAGGAGGACAAGGUUGGGUGAGGUGACAGGGCCAGCAUGCAGGCAGUCAGUAAUGGUGCAGUGUGAGGCCUGCAUCGGAGCCCCGUGGUGUCAGAGGAGUGGCUACAUACAGGGUUUGACCACUUGAGUAAAAGUACACACAGUAAGGGAGCGAAGUCUCUCAUUGUUGAAGAAGAAAGUACAAUUAAAAGAGAAAGCUAAAACUCAAAAGUUCUGCUGUCCUGUGGCACAGGUGACUAAAGUUAACAACAAUGUGUAUAUUUCAAAAGAGCUAAAAAAGAGGAUUUUAAAAUGUCUUUCAAUAAAGAAAUGAUAAGAUAGUUGCUGUGAUAGCUAUGCUAAUAAGCCUGAUUCAGUCAUUCCAUAAUGUAUAGGUAUAUGGAAACAUCACAUUAUAUCCUGCAUAUGUAUAUAGUUAUUAAAAUAAUCAAACUUUUUUGAGACAGUGUCUUGCUAUUGACCUGGACUCAUUAUGGAGCCCAGGCUGGCCUCAAAUUCAGCAAUCCUUCUGCUUCGGCCUCCUGAGUGCUGUAAUUACAGGCAAACACCACCAUGCCCAGCUUAAAAUAAUAAAACUUUUAAAGGCAGAAAGCAAAAAUAAGUCCUGUAGCACUGGAUCUAAAUUUGGACUUCCAGAAUUAUAGAAGGUAGAUAGAUCUACACAGUUCAUAUAUGCAUAUGUAGAAUAAAUGUGUGUGUUGUACACAUAUGUGUAUUUCUUAAUUCUGAACACCAAGAAGAUAGGAGAAAUCCCUGAUCCUCAGAAGUAACAGGUACGACUAGUACAUGAAUUUCUAUUAUUAAAGAAAUGGCUGAUUUCAACACUGAAACAUAAUCUUGUGCUAGAAAACAAAGUAUUCAAAGAAAUAUGGAGACAUGUCAAAAGAUGCACAAGCCAAUUUAAAAGUACCUACCUACCUAGGCCAAAUCAGGAGUAAUUCAAGUACUGAAAGUAAUGAUAAUACUCACAAUGGAUGCUGAUACAAAUAAGGAGGAAAUAAAGCUACACAAUAAAUGAUAAUGGAAUUUUAAAAUUGCCACUUAGUAACUAGAGUAACAAUAUUUUGAUUUACUAGAUGCUACAGCUAACAUGGUAAAGUGAGACUAUGAUUUGCAUAGUCUCAAAAUAUCUUUCCCCCCAAAGUUUGUUAAUCAUAAAAUGUACUUUUACGGGGCUGGGGAUAUAGCUCAGCGGCAUAAGCGCCUGCCUUGCAAGCAGGCAGUCGUGAGUUCGAUCCCGGGUACCGAUGAAAAGGAAAAAGACAAAAAAAAAAAAAAAAAUGUACUUUUACAGUAGAGAAACCUGGCAGACGCUAUCUUAAUCAAAUAAUCAGUUUCUCCAACAAUAUUGAGCAAAUUACCACCUUGUGCUGCCCAUAAGAAGAACAUAGCAUCAGCUGCGUGAUAUUCCUGCCAGAAAAAUACAUAACCUGGGCCUAAUCUAGAGGAUAUAUUGGAAAAAACUAAAUUGAGUGACAUUCUUUAAAAUUUGUAUUAAAAAUUUUCAAUGUCCUAAAAGUCAAGGAAAGAUUAAUGUUCCAUCCAGAUUUAAGGAGAAAAGAAAAUGCAAAUGGUCUGCAACACGUGGUCUUGGAUUGGAGUUUGGAGCAAUUUAAGAAACUUUGACUUGACUGGGAUUCUUUCCACUAUUCUUGAAACUUACUUAGUUUUGAAAUUAUUUAAAAAUAAAAUUAAAAUAUUUUCAACUGUUGUAUGACUUUCAACUCAGUAACAUUGUCUUCUGUCAAUGCAAAUGGACAGCUCAAAGGAUGGUUUUGUGAACUGGUUUGGGAAUAUAACCAUUAUGCAAAUUCUUAAUGCUUUCAUUACACAAAUAACCCAUGAAUGCAUAUUUGCAAUAGCCAUGUAAUAAAUUUAGAUGAGAUAAAGCAA